UGCAUACUAUCACCAUACAGCUUCCCCAGCCAAAGCAUUGCCUUCAAGUCUGCCUAUUACUAUCUGUUACAACAGCUUCCUGACUUCUUCUCCCCCCCUCCUCCUCAAGGCCCCAACCCUGGAGACAAGUAUGAUCCAUCCCUGUUCAGAAGGCAAACUUCACAGCAGAUGAAGAUCCUUCAGCUUCCACAAUGCAGGAUGCCCUGUGACCUGCAUCUGCAGAGAGCUGAGCUCCACAACCUGGACAAGGUAGGUCCCUCCUCACCCCCCUGAGAAGAUCUGAGCACUGAAUUAACACCUUGGUUGCCAAGAUUGCUACCUGCAGGGAAUAAGCUCUGCCUCCUAUGCUCCCCUCAGUGAUAUCAGCAAAACACAUCACAUUGGGCUUGUAGCUUGGGAAGAGCAGAAAGCUACAUCCCCCUCCUCCCCUCCCCUCCUCAUUUGGAGGCAGGAAUAUGAAAAGUUUCACCAACAGAAAGUGAUUUGCUGCAGGCAGCUCAGACCCAAGCCUUGAAGAGAAUGGAUUUUGGCAGAGGAAGGGGAGAUCAUCUGGAGACCCCACAGUGUUGAGGAGCUUGUGGCUCUGGGCACGUUCAGACUUGGUCAGGAAUUCUGCUGAUAAUCAGGGAAAGAAGAAGUUCUGCUGGAUGAGCCGAAACCAGUGACGUCGCUUGUCAUAAAUAUUAAUUAUUUGGCCGAAAAAGAGCAUUUUCUUUUGCGUUUGGGAUUGUCGUGUACUCGGAGAACAUCUCAGUCUAUGAAUGUGAAGUACAAUUUUCUGCCACCUCUUCCUGAGAAUCAUCCUUUGUUCUACAGAUACCUGGAGAAGAUUUUCACUUUGAUGCCAAAAACUGACAGCAGACGGAGGAGGCUGUCAGGGGUUUAGUUCUGCGCUGCGACCCAGGAUCAUGUUCUGAAGACCGCAGAGACCUUGUAAUCCUUGACACUGUUGGGCAAGGUACCAGAUCUUGCCAGUAUGGGGGAAAUGGGCCCUUCAGGAGGGCCAAAGUCUUCGGAAGAAGUGCGGUUUUCUGGAGAUGAUGAGGAGCUUGUGAACCUAGAAGACGAAGUUUUUAAUCCAAACAUGACCUCGUUUAAGCAUCAGAACGUGGAGGACCUUUAUGAGCUUCUUGAGAAGUUGGGCAGUGGUCACUUUGGAGAGGUGAAGAAAUGCAAAGAGAAGAACACAGGAACCUUUUACGCUGGGAAGUUCAUCAAGACCCGCAAGUGCAAAGGCAGCCGCAUGGGACUUGACCGGGAACAAGUAGAAAGAGAGGUGUCUAUCCUGCAGCAGCUAGAGCACCCCAGCAUCAUGAGGCUGUACGACGUGUUCGCCAGCAAAGCAGAAAUGGUGCUGAUCCUGGAGCUGAUAAGAGGAGGAGAACUAUUUGAUUUCAUAGCUGAGAAGGAAGCUCUGUCAGAGGAGGACGCCAUCGUGUUCCUGGAGCAGAUACUGAAAGGAGUAGCCUAUAUGCAUUCCAGGCACAUUGCACACUUUGACCUGAAGCCUGAAAACAUUAUGCUGCUAGAGAAGGACGUGCCGCACCCAAGGAUUAAAAUCAUCGACUUUGGAUUGGCCCAAAAACUUGAAGACGGAACAGUAUUCAAGAGCCUAUGUGGAACGCCUCAGUAUAUCGCUCCGGAAGUUAUAAACUAUGAGCAACUAGGACCGCCGACUGAUAUGUGGAGUAUUGGAGUUAUCACAUAUAUACUGCUCAGCGGUUUGUCGCCAUUCCAAGGUGAGACAGACGCAGAAACGCUAACAAACGUGGUGGCCGGGAACUAUGAAUUUGAUGACCGUUAUUUUAAGGACACCAGUGACAUGGCCAAAGAAUUCAUCCAGCAGCUGCUACUUAAAGACCCCAGGGACAGGAUGACCGCAGUGGAGUGUCUCAUCCACCCAUGGAUUAAGCCACUAACCAGGAAGCAGGCGGCCAAUCGGAGUCGAUCAUCCAUAAAUAUAAAGAAUUUCAAAAAGUUCAACGCACGGCGGAAGUGGAAGCUCUCGUUCAACAUGGUGUCGGCCUGUAACAGACUCUGUAGAAUGAAGCUGCUGUGCAACCCUGCGAAAGACGAGGAGGAGCUGAGGCAGUGCGAAAGCGACCAAGAGGAUGAGAAGACAAAGCCGGUGGCUCUCCUACGUAGACGUCUUAGCAGCUGCUCUUGAGCCGGACGGUCGGCCCCUCCUCUACGAAGAGCGAACGGUCGAUGUCUCCACGGACAAUGGGCUGAGGGUACAAUCCAAGACCCAAGGAGUCACCCGGGAACUUGGAGACGCGUUGCUGUCGAAACAUUAGGGGGCGUCAUACAUCUCGGUUCCGGCGCCAGCUGAGCUGCCUGCAUGUGACUACACUCAACCAAACCAGCAUGUGGCAUGGCUUAACUCGUGCUGCCAAAGGGACUGUGCGGGCGUCACCACCCCCGGCCGGUCUUACCCAGAUAUGCAAAUAUUAUGUUAAUGAGUUUUUUUUAGGCUGCAUGUUGAUAUGGAGGGGGUGAUCUUUACCCAAAAUCCCCUUCGGUUAUUUAAAUAUGUCCUCCGACAAUAAGCAAGUGCCAUCACCUCAUGUUGAUUUUCGUUAUAAUCCAUUUUGAAGAGUUGUGUGUGUGUUUAAAGGGGGUCUCCACUUUUAUCACUUCUGCAACUUUCAAAUCUUUGCGUUUCCGUUUUUUUCCCAGAUCUCUUCUUGCCCUGAAUAGAAACCUUCUUGUUUCGAGAUCCGGAGGCUGAAAGCCCCCAUUCUGACCUAGCGCAGUCAGGAGGCUAGACCGGAUACAAUUGUCCCAAACCCUCAGCUGUGAGAAUGUA